AUGGGAUUCACCCAUGCGAAUACAAAGUGUUUGGAUGCGCUAAGUGAUGUGAUGAAAUUGUACCUUCAACGGCUUGUUGAGCGUAUACAUCUGUUUACGGAACAUUGCGGUCGCACCGAGCCAACACUCGCAGAUGUGGAGAUGGCAUUCAAAAAGAUGAAAACACCCAUAUUACCGAUUCCGUACGAUCAGCCUAAAAAGAAGAUCCAGUCUAAGAAGGAAGUUGAACGUGUCUUUCCCAAACCAGCGAACGACACAUGCAAUGAAGGAGCGUCUUCGACUUCGAUGACACCAUUACCAGACUUCUCGGAAGCAACCGCUUACUCUCUUUUCUUGAAAGUCCCCGAGCGUUCCUCACAGCCAGUUGUAUUAAGCGAUAUCAAGGCCAAACCGAAAGCAAAGGCUCCGAAGAAACCUAGGAUGAGCUGUAAUUCUACUAAAGACUUAACUGCCACUGUGGAGAAACCUACAACGCAGUUGAACAUCAGUAACACAUGUGACGACAUUAACAAUAACACAUUGGCCACAAAUUCUCGGAAAUGUCAGGAAGGAAACAAAACUUCGUCAAAGGAUUUUGGCCAAGCUAAAGUUAGAAGAGUACCAGCAAUCAAGUUUGUUCGUAGCCGAACUUCUAUGCUGAGGAUUGAAAAUGAAGAAUUAUCGGUGAAAAUAAAGAAACAUGUUAUCCGAGCAAGAUUAGAAGCUUACAAUAGUGGCCAACGUGAGGUAACAGUACCCAACAAAGGACAGUGGCAAAGUUCCUCAGAACAGCAGUCUGCUGAGAAGACAUCCGUGACAAAAAAGAAACAGCAGCCAGCUCGUUACAAGAAAUCUGCUCCUUCUCCUUUUAUUGCAUUGGAUUUGAUCAGAAAUUCUUAUACUGUCCUGUCUGCUUGCAUGGCAGGACGUGCUUUCCCAGUUGUAGAAGACCUUGGAGAUGCACAUGAACCCAGAAUGCCUACCCAAAGUAACGAGUCGACUUGUGAUAUUGCUAACGAGAUUUUUUGGCGGAAUCUGUCCGGUGAACUGUUCCGUGGCGGUUUGCCGUAUAGAAACAAUUAG